GUUCCUUUUGUUAGUUUCAUUCAUUCCUUCCCUCAAAGAAAACAAAAAGGCAAAACCCUAGCUAGCCUCACCGCCGCCGAACGGAGUGAUCCCCUACCUCCGUUCGUGGCUGUCCAAGGAGUCUCUCUUUGUACUGUUGGCGUUAUCCAAGUCAAAACCCCUGUUCGCUGUCUUCUUCCUCGCUCGGCGCCCAUCCUCCAUCGGAUUCAUCUUGCUCGCGGUCGUCCUGUCGCCGUCGCCGUCGUCUCGUCGCCCUCUCGAAGGUUUUGUGUUUUUGUUGAAAUCAUUUAUUUGCUCUGGCUUUGUCUUGCUGCUGUGAGUUCUGGGUUUUGGUGUGCUGUUGUGUGUUUUGUGGCUCCGCUGUGGUGUGGUGUGGUGUGCUGUUGUGUGUUGAAACGGAUGGAGCUUUUGUGCAUCAAACAAUGGAUAAGUGGCCUUCUUCCAACCUUGGAUAUUCUGACUUGGAUGCUGACCACCUUGUUGAUUUCAUAUGCAGACUGUAAAUAAACGACGGACAGAAAACUUCAUAGUUGGAUAUAUACAAUAAUUAAUUCUUGUCCGCUGCCUGCUAGACUGCCUCGCAUCCCCUCUGCCGUCUCCUCACUACCUCCGAGGGCCUCGCCAGUCACAAUUCGCCGGCUUCACCACCUCCCUCAUCGGCUACUCCUCACUCAGCCUCGCCUCCUUCGUGGCCAGAACUUUAGCCUCCUCUUCGUCGGCUCUACGCCUCCACGACGUCGUUCAGACCCCAGAUCCCUAGCCUCCAUCGGCGCCGUCUCUGUCAAAGCCGCAUCUGCCAGUCUCCGCCGUCUCCUCUGUCUCGGAUUGAUUUUAUUUUAGUUAUGGCAACUGCAACAUACCCGCCGCCCCCACCAUAUUAUAGGCUCUACAAAGAUUACUUGGAGGACCCUAAGUCUGCUCCAGAGCCUCCUCCUCCCAUAGAAGGGACCUACGUUUGUUUUGGGGGCACCUAUACUACUAGUGAUGUUUUGCCAAGCUUGGAAGAACAAGGGGUGCGCCAACUCUAUCCAAAGGGGGCUAAUGUUGAUUUCAAGAAGGAGCUGAGAUCACUGAAUGGAGAAUUGCAGCUACACAUUUUGGAGCUUGCAGAUAUUCUUAUUGAGAGACCAUCACAGUAUGCAAGGAGAGUUGAAGAGAUUUCGACUGUAUUCAAAAACUUACAUCACCUUUUAAAUUCCUUGCGACCUCAUCAGGCAAGAGCAACAUUAAUUCACAUUUUGGAACUUCAGAUUGAGCGUCGUAAAGAAGCAGUGGAAGACAUAAAGAAGAGAAGAGAAGAGGCACGAAGACUACUUAACGAGUCCCUAGCAACACUUGAUGACCAAUAGGACAUUUUUUUGCAUUGAACCAAGUUAACAAAGCUGAUCCUAUAUGAGAAAUUAUGUAUCUAUAGCCUUUUAGAUUUUCUACGUUAUACAUGUGGUCUAGAAUUGAACGCUAUGCUUGUGAUGUUAAAUCUAUUUCUGGUGUUGCCUCGAAAAUUUUCGGUUACGUUUGUUUAGUGUUUUUAUUUUCUACUUUAUACAAACAACAAAUAAAUGGAAUACAUUUUUAAUACCUUACUACACAA